AUGGUCUGCGUCAGGACUCCUCAUACUUACCUUGAUGGCACAAGCCCCUUCAUGUACCCGGGUUUGUGGGCCGUGGAGAUCCUUCAUAGCACGGCGACCUUGUCCAUUCAAAGGGUGUCUGCGGCUUGUAUAGGCUCAGGCUUAUGCACCGUCCCAAUAUUUUCCUGUCCCACAUCGGCCACUCUGGCUGGGUGGGCUCUUUUUAUUUGAUGGUUCAUCGUCCUAACCCUAAAUUAGGG